AUGGCAAUUGUAGAUGCUGACUAUAAAUUUACGUAUGUCGAUAUAGGAGCCUAUGGUAAAGAUUGGGACUCAUCUGUUUUCCAGCACACGACUUUUUUUAAAAUGAUGGUUAAUAGACAGUUACAAAUUCCACAGCCCUCUCCCUUACAUUCGGCCGGUAUUAAAAAUUUUCCAUUUGUAUUUGUGGCAGAUGAAGCAUUUGGACUACCAGAAUACGUAAUGCGCCCUUAUGCAGGGCAUAAUCUACCAGAAAAAAAGAGAAUUUUUAAUUAUCGCUUAACACUCGCAAGAAGAUACGUCGAAUGCGCUUUUGGAAUAUUAGCUAACAAGUGGAGAAUUCUUCACAGAGCCUUGAAUGUAAGGAAAGAGUUUGCUAAAGAUAUUGUCAAAGCAUGCAUAAUUCUUCAUAAUUUGGUGCGAAUAAAGGAUGCACAAAUAUUGAAAAUGUACAUCACUCAGCAGAAACUACAAACCUUUAAUAAAACGUUGUGCAAUCGACCUAAAAGGAUUGCAACUGCAUUGAGGGAUGAUUUAGCAGACUAUUUUAUGGCAGAGGGAGCAUUACCUUGA